AUAGCAUUCAUUGUCUCCCUCUCCCUCAACUUCGCUCAAGUUGUAAACACUCCCAAAUAAAAAGUGGCGUCACUUCCUAGCCCAUCCCUAAGGGAAAAAAAAGAAAUAUUAAAAAAAGACGGGAGCGGACAAGUGAAAGAGCGGGUAAAGGCGGAAAAGUGAAGAGAAAAUCGUCGCGUUACACGAAGAGAGGGACUGACUGAGUGUCCGGAGGUGGGAAUCGGACGGGACUCGAGGGAAAUAAACUGCCAUGCCUCUCCACAAGACAUCUCGGGGGUCUCGCCUGGACCCUACCAUGAUUUCGGCGCCACUCGGGGACUUCCGCCACACCAUGCACAUUGGGAGAGGGGGGGAUGUGUUCGGAGAUACUUCCUUCCUUUCCACCCAUGGUCCCAGCACACCCAGCAAAGACUCGGUUGCAGACGCGGUCUCCAGCAUUGACUCUGAGCCAACACUCAAGAGCGGUGCUACGGACAUGGCCGUUCCACAGCCCAGCAAACUGCAGCACUCGGAAUCCGUGUCCUCCCUGUCUUUGGACCUGGAUUUGGACCUGGGUCCAUCCAUUCUGGGAGAUGUUCUUGGAGUGAUGGAUGGACUAGGGCUGGACUCCGCAUGGACCAUGGCAAACGAAGAGGGAAUGUGUAGUCCAAGGAAAGGUGUGGUAGGAGGGGAGCUCGGAAUAUGUGAGAAAGAGUUGCUUGUAUGUGUUCAAAAUGAGGUGAACGAAAGAGCGGAGGCAUUAGAGGAAGAGAAGGUAGAUGCGCAAGUAUCUGAGGAAAGCAGUCUUAAACUGAAAGGAGGCAGCCUACGGCCAAAAGUGAGAUUUAGUGAUAAGAGAGACGAGAUAAUUGGUCGAGAAGAAGAGGGCGACGGGUUAGAGCAGGAUGGAGAUGAGUUAGAAUGUGUCAGCCCCAGAGAAGCAGAGCAUGAUGAUCAGAAUUUUGAUGGUAGGAACCCUCAUGGGAGGUGGGAAGCGGAGUCCACCAAUCACAUGGCUGCUUUCCCGCCAAGCCCAGCCUCGUCCCACAGUUCAGAAUAUGAGGGAGUCACGCCGCUGGACCAAAGAAGAGAUGAUAACCACCUGUCAGAAAGCGAGUCGGAGGAGGCUGGGGCCACUGAGCAGGGCUACACAUUUGAAGAUGAGUUCGAAGAUGAAAUUGGCUUGUAGAGGCUCAGCAUAGAUACCGCAGAGACCAAGUAUAAAGCAGAAAGCAGACAUUUCUUUUUUGUUCUCAGAAAUUGUAUGUAAUGUAUUUAAACAUGUUUCAGGUGGACCUUAAAGCGAGCUGACCAAAGUGACACUGCCAUUAAUUGUUAUCCAACUGCAACUGGAAUUUAAGAGUGAAACUCAAAUUGUUCUGGUUCCUGGAUAUGCUGGUAUGUUUCCUUUCAGCUAAAUGUAAAAUUCUGGACUUUAAUCCCUUUUUUGUGAAUCAUUAAUAUCCACAUUUCAAUUCCAGAAAUUAUUUAGCAAUACUUCAUUCCUGACUGGAUUUUUUUACUCAUCUCAGUGAAUGAUAAAAGUAUACAGGGAUUUAUACGAGAUUUUUUACCCAUAGACGUAACUUCAGGCAGCUGGAAGCUAAAUUUAUAGUACAUGCUCAAGACAGUGAAUGUGUAGGUUAGUUGACUUUUAUCCACCACUUUUGAAUAAAUGUGUCCAAAAGUUGGGGCAAAUUAGUACUUAAUAUACUGUAUAUAACUGUGACUGCUUGGGUAAAAAGGCACAUUGCUUGCCAGUCAGUGUAUUUUCCAAGGUCACAACGCAUUUUACGUGCAGCAACUUUCCAAACAAGUACUGUGCCAAUCCCCCCACUGAAUAUAAUGUGUAGUAUAUCUAUUUACUUCUGGCAAGGGCAAAUGCUGCUGUAAUGAUACUAGGCCAUUCUAAUUUGUUUUUCUAAGAUUAUUGCUUUUAUUUUCUGGGAGAGAGUUCAUUUAUAAAUGCGCCUUGUUGAAAAGUCUCAGUUUCCAGUUCAGAGUAACCAUACUGUUUUCAUUUUAGUCCUGUCAGGUUGUACAUUCCAAGAAUACUUAUGCUGGCAAAGUUAAACAUGGUUACUGUUAUCAGGUGCUGUAUUAAAAGAAACUAUUGUUAAAUCUUAAGACAUGAAAAUUGUCCUGUGUCAGAAUAUGUAUAAAAACUGAAUGCUGUAUUAUUUUAACGACAACAGAAUACUAAAACCCAUAAUUCCACAUUGAUCUUUAUAUUACAUCAAGAUAAAUACCUUGCUCUUGCUUAUUCCUUUCAAUUUGUUUUUGCAGAGUUCUCCAGAUUCUUUACUCAUAAGUAUAUCAUAUUUU